GACCGCCCCCUCCGGCUGCCCGCGGGCCCGUGCGAACUGCGGUGCCGCCCGCCGCGCCCGGAGCGGAAGCCUCUUGGGCUGAGGAUGGAGCCCCGGCCGGGCCCUGCGCGCCCCGACCUCCCCCUCCCGGUCCCGGGGCCUCGUCCGCAGCCUGUCCCUUGGAAUGCGUGUGCCCCGGGUUUGUGUUCGCUACUGUCAAACACGGAGUGUUGUUCAUGCGCCGAAACCCAAAUAUGUGUGUUUCUUCGGCUGCCCGUCCUUCCAGUCGAGCCAUCCGCACCGACAGCUGAAAACAACCGCUGGUCAACAGGGACAGAUUGUUCAAUUCAAACUCUCAGACAUCGGAGAAGGCAUCAGAGAAGUAACUGUCAAAGAAUGGUUCGUGAAGGAAGGGGACACCGUGUCUCAGUUCGACAGCAUCUGUGAGGUUCAGAGCGACAAAGCGUCUGUUACGAUCACCAGUCGCUACGAUGGCGUCAUUAGGAAACUGUACUACAACCUCGAGGACACGGCCUACGUGGGGAAGCCGCUCGUGGACAUAGAGACGGAAGCUUUAAAAGAUUCCGAGGAGGAUGUGGUGGAAACGCCCGCCGUGUCCCAUGACGAACACACUCACCAGGAGAUCAAAGGCCAGAAGACGCUGGCCACCCCGGCAGUGCGCCGCCUGGCCAUGGAAAACAACAUUAAGCUGAGUGAAGUUGUUGGCUCAGGAAAAGAUGGCAGAAUACUCAAAGAAGAUAUUCUCAACUUUUUGGAGAAGCAGACAGGAGCGAUAUUACCUCCUUCACCCAAAGCCGAAAUUAUGCCACCUCCACCGAAACCAAAAGACACACCUCUUCCCACCCCAAUAACAAAAUCUCCGGUAUUCACAGGCCAGGACCGAACAGAGCCCAUAACAGGCUUUCGGAAAGCAAUGGUCAAGACCAUGACCGCAGCCCUGAAGAUCCCGCACUUUGGGUACUGUGACGAGGUCGACCUCACCGAACUGGUGAAGCUGCGAGAAGAAUUGAAGCCCGUAGCUUCUGCGCGUGGGAUUAAACUCUCCUUUAUGCCCUUCUUCAUAAAGGCCGCUUCCCUGGGAUUGCUGCAGUUCCCCAUCCUCAACUCCUCGGUGGACGAGAGCUGCCAGAAGGUCACCUACAAGGCGUCUCAUAACAUCGGGGUGGCCAUGGACACCGAGCAGGGGCUCAUCGUCCCCAACGUGAAGAACGUCCAGGCGCGCUCCGUGAUGGACGUCGCGGCGGAGCUGAACCGCCUGCAGAAGCUGGGCUCCGCGGGGCAGCUCAGCACCGCCGACCUCACCGGGGGCACCUUCACCCUCUCCAACAUCGGCUCCAUCGGCGGUACCUACGCCAAAGCAGUGAUCCUGCCGCCCGAAGUCGCCAUCGGGGCUCUUGGGUCAAUUAAGGCCCUUCCUCGGUUCGACCAGAAAGGAGACGUGUAUAAGGCGCAGAUCAUGAAGGUGAGCUGGUCGGCCGAUCACAGGGUCAUCGACGGCGCCACCAUGUCGCGCUUCUCGAACCUGUGGAAGUCCUACUUGGAAAACCCGGCGUCCAUGCUCCUGGACCUGAAGUGAAGCCGGCACGUCCGGAGCUGCCGGAGCUUCCGAAGAGAAUCGAGCCUCGCCGUGCCGCGCCCCCGGACAGUCGCGUCCUGCCCGAUGUGUUGGGUGGUUCGAUUCUGAGGCACCACGCGUCCCCCUGCUCUGAUCCCCUCUCCUGAAAGCGAGGAGCGGCGGGCGGGCUCUUCCGCGGCUGCAGGCACAUUGUAUAGGUCAUGGUGUGUGUUCUUAACGGUGCUGAGGCCGCUGUGUCCAUGCACAACACAAUUGGUAUCCCUAGAAGACAGGUAGCCAUAGACAGUAUUGCCCGAUUCCUUUCUUUCUCUGAAACUGACUCAGUGAAACGUUUUGAUUACACUAAGGUGGGAAAGGACUGUAUACAAAAGUACUUCCAUUUCCCCACAGUAAUGCCAAUUGCUGUGUAAACUAAGUGCAAUUAUCCGUCGGAUCUAAGAUACCCAGGGGUAUGUUACUGUGCAGAGGUCAUUGUCAAUGCCUUAUUUAUGUAAACUAGUAUCUUUUAAAGGGGGAGAUUAUAAGUGGAUCUUAAUGCCCAGUUACAGUUUUGUAACCAGUAAAAAAGAGAGCCAUCCGACUGGUGUGGCUCAGUGGUUGAGUGUCGACCUAUGAACCAGGAGGUCACGGUUCCGAUCCCAGUCAGGACACAUGCCCGGUUUGCCAUCCCAGUGUAGGGCAUACAGGAGGCAGCCGAUUGAUGAUUCUCUCUCUUCAUUGAUGUUUUUAUCUCUCUCUCCCUCUCCCUUCCUCUCUGAAAUAAAAAGUAUUUUAAAAAAAGAGAGUAAGAGAGAGAGAGGAGUCAAAUGGGUAAUUAUGGACAUUAAAAUAAAAUAUCAAAUUUCAUAUAGAAAUGAAGAUAUCAUUUGGGAAGAGGCCCACUUUAAUCAGAAAUAGCAUCAAGGUGAAGACAAUACGACAUUCUGAUUUGAUUCAGAAAUUUAGUUGUUUCAGAUGUUUAAAAACCUCAAGUGAAGUUACCUGUUAGAAAAACUUGUUUUGACAUGUGCUUGAUUGGACACGUUAACGACGGAAGUAACGUUUAAAUGGGAAACUGAUGGCCCGGCCAGGCAGCUCGCGUGGUUGGAGCGCUGUCCCCAGGCACCAAGGUUGUGGGUUCAGUCCCCGGUCAGGGCACAUGGAAGAGGCAGCCAGUGAAUGCAUCAGGCAGUGGAACAGAUCCAUGUUUCCCCCUCUCUUUUCCCCCUUCCUCUCUCUCAAAAUCAAUAUGUAAUAAAGAAAAAUAAAUUAAUGAAUCAACUGAAUGUUGUUAUAUUUUAAAUUCAGAUGAAAUGAAGAGUUGCAAAGAAAAGAAAGCUUCCAUAAUCCUACCACUAUGAACAUGUUGAUCCGUGUAUCUAUAUACAUAGCAAUUCUUUUUAUAAAAAUGAGGUCAUACUAUACUAUUUUAUAAUUUUUUAAAUUUAACAUGAUGUUAUGGGUAACUAGAUGUCAAUAAACACGUCUACA